AUGGAAGGCAUACAGAAACCCCAGGGAUCAGUCGUGAUCCUCGGAGCAGGUACUCAAGGUAGACGUCUAGCGUAUAUGUGGUCCAGCCGAGGCGGCAUCGUUCGUCUGGUAGAUCUCCAAGAGCAACAGCUGCAAGAUGGUCUGAAGUACGUUGACCAAUUGCGUGCGGAGACCAAAGAUCACGACGGCGACUGGGGGAAGAUUGAGACAUCCGAUCCUUCUUCUUUGGAGUCUACGCUGAAGGAUGCUUGGCUUGUUGUUGAGUGUGUCCCGGAGAACCUGAAGUUGAAGCAGAAGAUUGUCACUCAGCUUGAUGAGCUUGCUCCAGAAGGUACCAUCAUCGCCUCGAAUUCGAGUAGCUACGGCGUCUUUGAGAUCAUUGAGGGGUUGAGCUUGAAGCAUGGCGAAAGAGUUAUGAGCGCACAUUGCUACUGGCCACCAGAGACAUCAGCAAUCGAAAUCAUGGGCCACAAAGACAGCGACCCCAAAUUGAUCAAACUCAUGCUAUCGCAAUGCAAGGAACACGGGUUCUCCCCGUUUCACGUUAAGAAAGACUCUAUCGGCUACAUAUACAACCGCAUCUGGGCUGCUAUCAAGCGAGAGGCACUCCUAACAUUGUCCGAGGGUGUCGCAACGCCCAGCGAGAUCGACGCUAUCUUCAAAGACGUCUUGAAGACACCCAAGGGACCAUGUGAGCAGAUGGAUGUUGUUGGCUUGGACGUGGUGCUGGAUAUUGAGAAUCACUAUGCUGAGUCGCGGGCUGGGAUUCCUACGGAACCGCGGGAUUAUGUUCGCGAGAUGAUUCGGGAUGGGAAGUUGGGUGUUAAGAAUGGCGCUGGGUUUUAUGAUUAUGAGCAGAAGUAG